AUGAGGCCAGGCCACCCCUUUCUGCUACCCCUUCUGUUCCUCUUUGGCCGGGCUGCAGGGGAGUCAAAGGAUUCAAGGGGUUUGAAAGCCCCGGUCCCCGUCUCUGGCUCCAGUUCCUUCCUGGACUUCAGCUCCAACUUUGACUCCAGCCCUUUGGGCGGCAAAGCACCCCUGUCCAAGUCAUUUUCCAAUUUCACCGGCUCCGUGGAUGACGAUGGGACCUGCCAGUGCUCCGUUUCCCUGCCAGACACUACCUUUCCCGUGGACAGAGUGGAAAACUUAGAAUUCAAGGCUCAUGCUCUUUCCAAGAAGUUUGAAGAAGAGCUUUCUAAAGUGAAGGAAUAUGUCCAAUUACUCAGCGUGUAUGAGGAGAAAUUCUCAAACCUAACUGUCCGAAUUGAGAUCAUGGAGAAGAGUCUCUUUUCCUACACUGUCCUGGACUUUGAGCUGAUUAAGGUAGAAGUGAAGGAGAUGGGGGAAUUGGUCAUUCAACUGAAGAAGAAUUUUGUUGGAAGCUCAGAUAUUGUUAACCAGCUGGAAGAGGAGAUAAGGAACAUGACUCUCCUGGUAGAGAACCUCGAGACACUAGACAAAAACAAUGUCCUGGCCAUUCGCCGAGAAAUAGUGGCUCUGAAGAAGAAGCUGAAGGAGUGUGAGGACUCUAACCAUGACAGCCCUCCUGCCAACACCCCGCCACCCACUCUGGGGAGCUGUGGUAACGGAGGUGUGGUAAACAUCAGCAAACCGAAUGUGGUUCAGCUCAACUGGAGAGGAUUUUCUUAUAAAUAUGGUGCAUGGGGCCGGGAUUACUCUCCUCAACAUCCAGACAAUGGGCUGUAUUGGGUAGCGCCACUGAAUACAGAUGGGAGACUGUUGGAAUAUUAUAGACUCUACAACACUCUGGAUGACUUGCUGUUGUAUACAAAAGCUCGAGAAUAUCGGAUCACCUACGGCCAAGGCAGUGGUACGGUGGUUUACAACAACAGCAUGUAUGUUAACUGGCAGAACACCCGUGACAUUGCCAAAAUUGACCUGACCACCAACAAGGUGGUACUGACCAGAACUCUCCCCGACGCUGCCUUUAAUAACCGUUUCUCAUAUGCUGAUGUUGCUUGGCAAGAUUUUGACUUUGCUGUGGAUGAGAAUGGGUUGUGGGUGAUUUAUGCAACUGAAGCCAGCUCUGGUAACAUGGUGAUUAGUAAACUCAAUGACACCACACUGGAGGUGAUAGACACUUGGCAUACCACGCAGUAUAAGCCAUCUGUUUCUAAUGCCUUCAUAGUAUGUGGGGUUCUGUAUGCCACCCGUAUUCUGAACACCAGAGCAGAAGAGAUAUUUUACUACUAUGACACAAACACAGGGAAAGAGGGCAAGCUGAAUAUUAUACUGCAUAAGAUGCAGGAAAAAGUGCAGAGCAUAAACUAUCACCCUUUUGACCAGAAACUUUUUGUCUAUAAUGAUGGUUACCUUCUGAACUAUGAUGUUAUCUUCCUGCAGAAACCUCAGUAAGCUGUUUAGGUGGUAGGGUGAAAGAGAAAUAAAAUGUUUGUUAAUAAAAAUAGUCUUGUCUAUGUAUUCUGUUAUCU